CUUUGACUUCAGUGAGUUCAAGGCAACUGGGAAAAAACGAGCUCCGUCUGAGAAAAAUAGUUUUUCCAGGUUCCAAGUUCUCUUGAAACCACCAUUAUAGCAAGCUGGUGCCCGACGGCACAGUCUAUGACGUUGCACGCAACCAUUGGUUGAUGAAUGCAACGUCUGAGGGGAACUCGACCGAAAUUACGCGCAGCUUUAUAGCCUGCGUUUACACCAGCAGGUGUAUACGAUCGUGUUUAGUGGAAGCGCGGUGAGAUGAUCUACAGUGCGCGCGGGACUACACUCUGACCUACACACCAGCUGGCAUCUGCAACAAGAAGGACACUUUUGCAUGUACACAUAAAAAUAGUAUUUAUUACAUCUGCAGAAAACAUAACAAUUGUCAAGUGAACCUUAAAUAAUUCUACCAUCAUGGAACUUGACGCGUCUAUCAUUCUCCCUGCGCUCUUCUUUACCAUUCUUGCUGUUGUCUUGGCAGCCAAAUUCAUCCCCAAAAAACAACCAGAGGAGAAGAAGAAACGGGUUAAAGUAGGCAACAGGGACGACAUUCCUCCUGCCAGAGCAUUGACACCUGCAGUAGGAGUAGUGGAAGUACCAAAAGUGGAGAUACCACCACCGGUGAUAGUACCAAAAGUGAAGGUACCGCCACAAGUGGUAGAUGCUGAAGUUCUAACCGAGCCAGUAACAGUUGCCCCAGUAGUUGAAGAGAUCAAUGUUGUAGAAGAAGAGACAGUUAAAGAGCCUGAAAUUAUCCCCGAGGUUCAGCCCGUGCCAGAGCCCGUGGUUGAGCCAGAACCCGUGCCUGAGCCCAUCACUGAGCCAGAGCCCAUCCCAGUCAUUGUUGAGGAGCCCAUCCUUGAGCUCAUCGCCGAACCUGAACCUGUAUCUGUGGUGAAGGAGGUCCCUGUCAGAGAGCUCACCCCUGAGCCAGCGAGGGAACCCAAGCCCAAGCCAGUGAGGGAACCCACCCCUGAGCCCAUCUUCGUGCCAGAGCCAGAGGACCUUGAGAGCAACGGUACUGAGGAGGUGCACUUUACCCCAGGAAUGAAGAUUAGCAAGUUGGAGAAGCUGAUGACCAAGGAGGAGAUGGAGGAGGAGCAGAGGAUAGAGCUCACACCUGACUUUACCUCUCUAUAAGCAACAUCGACAAGCACACUGUGAGUUAGGAAGGAUUAUGGUGCAGCUGAGUAGGCGAUGAAGAAAAGGAAUGACUCUACACCCACACCUUUCUAUUCUUGGUUUUGUGAAAAGUGAUCACUAAAAAAGAACCUUUGAAAUUUCUGCUGAGAAGAGCGAUCUCUUCUGUUGAUUGUCCGGCAACUUUGCUGUUAAUAUGGAAAAUAUAUGUUGCUUUUUGUCCUCUCCCCUCUUCUUUUCUUCAUCCUUUUUUGAAGGAUGUGAAUUAAAGGCUAUUGCUCAACUCUGCCUGUGAAUAGCACGCUGCAUUACACCAAACACAAGUGCCUAUGUGAAUCUUUAGUCCUUGCCCCCUUCGCUUUCUAUCUGCUGUCUUACUGGUGGCGUCUAUCCUUUGAUUAGAGCAGGAAUGAUUCAUUCUGGAUUCUGAGACUCUGAUAGUCGCAAAGGAACAUUUGAAGAUAAUACAUCAAUGCUUAUUACAGAGUAUGACGUGUGGGGUUUGCAAAAAAAGUUCCCGAAAAAAGUAAGGUUGGGAACCACUGGUUUAGAAGAAAUGGAUGAGCAUUGCAAUACCAAUACAGUAAGGAAGUGUUUAAAUAGCUAUUAUGGGUGAAGGGGUAGGGAAGGGUUGUGUUGUUUUUCAUUGUUUUAAAAUAUGAAACUGUGAUUUAAAGCCAAGACAAGUGAUUUGCAUGCAAAGGCCCCUUCUACCCAAGUCUUGGUCUGUGUGGCCACUGUCCAUUGUGAGCCAGUCCCAGACACUUUAAGUAAUGUAACAAAUGCCAAUCAGUAACAUCCGAAUAUCCUAAUGAUGGCAUUCUGAAUGCUGAGAGAACCAUAUAUCUCACUCCUGUCCUGACUCUGACGAUCAUUGGGGCUUUUGUCACUUUAUAAGUAUGUAACCAAUGCACACUGACAAUGAAUGGGCUUCUUUUCACAUGGGACUGGAGCUCGGUUGUUAGAAUGGCUAAAGUGGAAUAUGUGUAUGACAACCCGUAGUGAUUUUUGUAGAGAGAUUGAAAUGUUUUGUUUAAACAUGACGUUUUUGGCCUUUUAAACUCUUGACUAUUAAAAGCCAGUUUGUCUAAAACCAA